AUGACGCCUCGUCCGAAACGUCCCCGCCCCAAGAUAAGCUGGUGGAAACGGAAAUGGUAUGUGUGGCGAGCGAAGGAGAGCCCGUUGAAGCUUCGAGGCAGCAUUAAACGCCUUCGCCAUCACAACAAGCGGCCGUACCUUGCCCUGCUGCGUCUUUUUCUACCCGCCUCUUUGACUUCAUGGUCAUAUCCAAUUCCCGAGCCUCUUCCUCCCCUGCGCCUGGUUGAUAAUCCAUCGCUUUGCUGGACACGACGAUGUGAAGGGGACUUGAAGAAUUUACAGGCAAUACCCCUCUGGCGCUCGCACGAUACUCCGCUGCGCUCUCUUUACCGCAUGUACGAGGUGACAAUGGCUGGAGAGAGCAUGAUCGUGGCGAUUGGGUAUGAAGUUGAAUAUUUCUGGUAUCAAAGUGGGCCUGCUUGGGAACUGCACUGUAUCCCUGAUCCGCAAGAUCCAGACCCUAUCCGCUAUGCGGUUCUUGCCUGCAUUGUCGAGUCCAUGCCUGAAGCUUUCAAUUUCAAGCUCAGCAUUGGGAUGCGAAGGGACAGAAAGAACGUUCCUCCUGGGGAUUGGGAUGGUGUGAACAAUCCAUACGCACCCUACACUUCAGUGGCUGGACCAGAAUGGACAAAGCAUGUACUCCCUAUCGAUAAGGACUAUCUACGAGACGUUAUGCCUGCGAGGAUGCUUGAUUCGGAAGGGAGACUUGUUCUCCACGAGGAAGCAGAGAGCGAGAUUUUCGCCAAGAGAAAUAUAGUUGCUACGGAGGAAAGGUUUUGGAGGAUAUAA